UCUUUCGCUUAUACUUCGCAGGUAAACAAACACGGGGAGCUGAAAGCAGGACAAGAGUAGAGAAAAGAGAAAUAGGAAUAAACAAAAAGAAGCAAUAAGAGAAAGUCAUAGCUUAGUGCAGAAAAGGAGCUCUUUAGUCCAAGACUCUUUAUUUAAGCCAAAAUGAAGGUGGGAAUACGGUUGGUGUUGACUUUAGCAAUUGUAUUGGUCGUCCCCUCCGUCCCUGGGGCGAGGGGGGAGGGCUACUUCCAGUCAGUGUACGAGAGCAUAGUGCAGGCCCAGGACACCCUCAGGGAAGUGGCUAUAACGGUGAACAAAGGCUUAAAGACUCUAGCUGAGACUAUGAGAUUUGUGGAGAAAUUUGUUGAUUCUACCGUGGAGGAGGAAUGCCAUUACAGCUGUCCCAAGAACAAGGUUCCUGUUGCCAACCCCAACCACAUCCCAGACUACAAUGGAUGUGGGGCCCUGGGUGUGUUCUUUGAAAAGGAGGAUCUGUCAAGACCAGAGAUGGUCGACUGCUGCAAUGAGCACGAUCUCUGCUAUGACACAUGUGGGAGCGAUAAGGAUGAGUGUGAUCUCUGCUUUAAGAAGUGCCUUUACAACACCUGCAACAGCAACCAGCAAGAAAUGGAGGUUUUGUCACUUAAGGCAUGCAAAGGCGGUGCAAAGUUGCUCUACACAGCAACUUUAGCUUUGGGAUGCACGUCCUAUAAGGAUGCACAGGAAGAGGCAUGUAUGUGUGUGGAUAAGAAUGACAUCCCCAAGACACGGAAUGAGUUAUAGCUGUUGUAGAAGCAGCAAUAAGUGGAUAAACAUUGCUGAAUUCUGUGAUAAUUUAAAAUCCUAUUAUUUUCCCAUGACUGAUAAUAGCACUACCAAAAAUUUGAAAUUUCAUGGAUAUGUGCCAUCUAUUUUUUUAUAUGGAUUGGUCAGUGAUUUAGCACACUAGCUCACACUAGUGAGAUGAAGCUUUUGUGAAAAUUUUGGUAGUUAAAAGGUUUGAAAUACUAUAACCAUGGCUUGUUCAUUUAUUUUCAUCAACUAAUUGUUGUGAUUUUUCCUUUUUUGAUAAUAUUUUGUCUUUCAUCUGUUUAAUUAUCUUUAAGAACUGGCAGUUCCAAUCAUUGAUGAGAGUGUAAAAUAUGUUAGAAGUGUUUAAGCAUGUACAAUAACUAUACAUAUUGGUAUACUCAGAAAAUCACAAAAACACAUUUUAAACAGAUCUGGGUCAGCUUUUCAGAUUGAAAAUUUCUUGGAUAUUCAUAUAUUAAAUGAUAUUAAGUAUUAUAUUUGACAAAGAAAAAAUUAUUGAGAUUAGCACACACCUUGUGCAAAAAUCAGUUCUUACAAUUUGUAUUCAAGUUUUUUUUGAUGUGGGUUUUAUGCUUCACACAUUUUAUUUUAAAAAAUUAAAUGGAAUAAUAAAAUGAUGAAAUGGGAUAUGUGCAUAUAUUUUUAUUCAUAUAUGUGUGCUACAUGUGCUUAACUUGUGUGUUCUAGUUAACAAUAUUGGUUAUUUUUCUAUUUAUUUUGAAAUUAUGGAUAGGAAUAGUUGUAAAAUUAUGUAUUAUGCCACUCAGAAGUCUUAUUAUAAAUGGAAUAUACUCAGGAAUAAUAAAUGAUCCUUUUAAAA